AUGAUCGAUGGGCUCGGGUCGUCGGUCGAGCAAUUGAGGAACGACAUCACCGCGCGGGGGAAGGUGGAGGACGAGUCGGAUGUGUUUUCAAGGUUGGAGAGGGUUGAGUGCAACGUCAAUUCGUUGAAGAAGCUUAUUGAGUCGAAUCUGAGGACGCAAUGGAAUGCGGAAAGCAUUGUGAAGGAGCAGGUGUCGUUAAUUACCAAGCACGUAUGCGUUGCUAUGCGGCAAUACACCACGAGAAGGAUUUCGGAGAAUAAUGCGCUGAUCGAUCAAACUUUGCGGGCUAGGGUGCCUGAGUAUGCGAAGAACGAGGGCCAGUUUGUUCUAGUAAGGGAGGAAGAUACGGAUGGGAAUGAAUCGAUUGAUAUUCAGAGAAGUUCAGAGGUUUCAUCAGACAACUCGUCCUAG